CCCUGCCCGCACUAUAUGUUACAUUUCCAGCCCUCUCCUCUCAAAUUUCGACGCAAGCGGACGUCCGCGGCACAGCGACGGUGCGCAGCAAAGAGAGCGGAGCGAAGCACGGCAGGCGGCGGGCACCGCGAAGCGACGACGCGGCAGCAGCGGCGGUGGCAAAAGCUCUCUCUCUCCCUCUCUGCCUUUUGUUGGAUACUGGCACACUGGAUGCUGGAUUUGUUUCUCAUAGGGAUUUGGAUCGAGACUCGGGAUAACUUCACAUGGGACAAAACCCGCCUUCUUUCACGCCUGCCAGCGAUUUGUUUCGCCCGGCGUGUUGACGACGGCAGCGGAGUAGAGCGGAGAAACCGGAGGCUGCCGGAGGAGCGCAAUUGACAGAUACGGAGACAUGCUUAUACACGCGUUUCCGUCCACCAGCUGAUUGGGGAUAGAGGCGAACAAAGCGGCGUGUAAUCUAUUUGAAACAACGUGAUAUUGUGAGCUGGUAAUGCAGAAGCGUGGGUCUGCUGAAACGGAGAUCGGGGAAAGAUGCUGUGAUGUUCGCCUUGCACCGCAGGGCAAUGCGUUGUAACGAUCUGAACGGCGUGGAAUAACGCACCGAGGCACAACUUUGUUCAAAGGCCUAACAAUCGUUAAAUUAUCUCAUUUAGUGGUGCAUUUAUUCCUGGAGCCGAUUACUUAAGUUUAUAUAGCUUGUAGUGUUUAUAAACGCAGCCAGCCCUAAAGCUGUGUUUAAAAAAAAAAAUAAAAAAAUGAUUUGCAGUAUAAACCCACAUCCUGCUCUCUCUUGUUGCCACUAAUACGACCCAGAGUUGCUAAUUUAUGUAAAAACUAACUGUAGGUGGAGUCGGGUCUAACAUUCGCGUAUGCAAAUCCAAUCGAUAGUGAGAUAAAACCACUGGGGGUGUGUUUGGAGUCCAGCAUAUUUAGUCUUUACACCAGAUUGAAGGCAGCAGAGGCGCUGCUACCAAAGCACCGUGUGGUCUACUGUAAACCCAGCGUAAGCCCAAAGGAAACUUUCAAUGGUUUUUCGAAAGUUGCCCGGUGUUUCUGCAUCGGGCAUGGGCCUGCGCCUGUCCCAGAAGUUCGUUUUUUUACUCUUCCUCUCGGGUUUGGUAACACUGUGCUUCGGAGCCCUCUUCUUUUUGCCGGACUCCGUCCGACUAAAACGCAUUUUUCUCUCAAAGACAGAAGUCCAGCCGGUCACCGUCGGCUCCGGGUCAGAGAACGAUGUCAGGGAGCACCUCAAAAGACCCAAGGAGCCGGAGCAUACGAGGGGCAUGACCCCGGGCAAAGGAGAGACGAAGAGCCGUAAACCCUCUGUCUCCAACGAAGCCACCGAGGAACGGAUGGCAGGGGGCAAAGCUCAGGAGGACCUGACCCUGUCCAGGUCCAAAGCGGAUUCCUUGAUGGAGAGAGUCUCCGACGCUGACCAUGAUGCCAACUCGGAUACUUUUAAUUUCAAGAAGUUCCAAGGAUGCCUGCUCAAACCUGCGCUGGGACGAGACAGCGGGAGUACGGCAGACCCCAAGAACAACGACCGCAGGGAGAAAGUUAAAGAGAUGAUGAAGUUUGCCUGGGACAACUACAAGCGAUAUGCCUGGGGCAAAAAUGAGCUGCGACCUCUGACGAAAAACGGCCACCUCGGCAACAUGUUUGGUGGACUAAGAGGAGCUUCUAUUGUGGACUCACUGGACACGCUGUAUAUUAUGGGACUGAUGGACGAAUAUAAUGAUGCCAAGGAGUGGGUGCAGACUAGUUUGGACCUAAACUCGAAUGGCGAGGCAUCACUCUUUGAGGUGAACAUUCGUUACGUCGGCGGGUUGCUCUCGGCAUACUACCUGACAGGAGAGGAGUUUUUCAGAAAUAAAGCGGUGGAGCUGGGAGAAAAGCUGCUUCCUGCCUUUAAUACGCCAACAGGGAUCCCCAGAGGAGUCAUCAACCUAGGAAGCAGUGGCACGAGUUGGAGCUGGGGCUGGGCUUCAGCUGGCAGCAGCAUCUUGGCUGAGUUCGGGACCCUUCACCUUGAAUUUGUGCAUCUGACAGAGCUGUCAAACAACCCAGUGUUCAAAGAGAAGGUGAUGAGCAUCAGGAAGCUCCUGAACAAAAUUGAAAAACCUCACGGCCUGUAUCCGAACUUCCUCAGUCCAGUCAGCGGCAACUGGGUUCAGCACCAUGUUUCCAUUGGUGGCCUUGGAGACAGUUUUUAUGAGUAUCUGAUAAAAUCCUACCUGAUGUCAGACAAGACCGACGAGGAAGCAAAGAAGAUGUACUACAGUGCACUAGAGGCAAUUGAAGCUAACCUGGUUCAGAAGUCCCCUGGUGGCCUCACCUACAUGGCAGAGUGGAGGGGGGGCAUCCUGGACCACAAGAUGGGUCAUCUGGCCUGCUUCUCUGGGGGCAUGAUUGGCAUCGGGGCUGAUGAUGGAGCACCAGAAAAGAGGCAGCACUACCUUGAUCUCGCUGCUGAGAUCACACACACCUGCCAUGAGAGCUACACUCGCUCAACCACUAGACUGGGACCUGAGGCCUUCAGAUUCGACAGUGGAGCUGAAGCUACAGCUACUAGACUGAGUGACAGAUAUUACAUCCUACGACCAGAAGUCAUCGAGAGCUACAUGUACAUGUGGAGACUGACCCACGACCCCAAAUACAGAGACUGGGGAUGGGAGGCAGUAGAGGCUCUAGAGCAGCACUGCAGAGUGGAGUCUGGUUUCUCUGGGAUCCGUGAUGUUUACGCCCUGACAGCCAGCCACGACAACAUGCAGCAGAGCUUCUUCCUGUCUGAGACACUUAAAUAUCUUUACCUGCUUUUCUCUGAUGAUGACCUCCUCUCCCUGGAAGACUGGGUCUUUAACACCGAAGCCCAUCCGCUGCCCAUCAUCCGUAAAAGCUGUCUGCAGGAUGAAAUAACAGAGGAAAAGACAGUCUCUGAAUAACACCACUCAACGACUGAGAUGGUUACGGACAAAUCUGCACAGUUCAUGUGCACACAGUCACAUCGCAAACACCAAUUCAGUGCAGAUUCAGGGUCUUAUAAGGAGUGAGUGGUUGACUCUCAGUUCCUUUCCAGAAAAGGAUGUUGUCGUUUUAUGCUGUGAUUGUAUAUCCUUUUGCCGGGGUUCCUUCCUACUGGCACUUAUUUUUUGCGGACAAUCAAAACAAACAUGACUUUCAUGAAGAGAUACCUUUUUCUUUCCUUCUUUCCUCUGUGAGGAAACCACUAUAACUUACAGACCCAAAUGUAUGGGAGAAGGUUUGAACUAUGGGCCAUACUGUCAGAGAGAUACAGAACCACUUGAGUUUUGCUCAUCAUUUUAGUUUACCUUUAGUGAUGAUGUUUUCCCUUUAGGCUUAUUUCUGGUUUUCCUUUGUGAACACGUUGCCCAAAUUGUUUUUUUUGCAUUUCUAUUCCCCUCUUUUAAAGUCAAGUGUGUUGGUGAAAUUUAAAGAAAGGAUGGGAGUUAAAUAAUGUACAGAUAAACACAAAAUGUGACUCUCAAAUCCACCUUGAAACUAAUGUUGAUGUCAUGUUUCUUACUGAAACAACGUUGAAUGAAUUUUUUAAAGGACAGAGAUGUCAGGAAAGAGGCUUUGUCUUAUGCAUCCAGGGACCACAUUUAAAAAAAUAUGUUUCCUGUCUAUGCUCUGGUAAUUUUAUUUUCAACAGAACGUUUGCUCAGCCUUUCACAAUAAAAUGGAGCACUCUCCAUUUGUUCACUGUAAAAACAAAGCAUCAAGAAAAAAAAAAGACAUCUGUUAGCCAACUUCGGAUGUCUGUUCUGUUGGGAAUUUUUUUGCCUUCACGUACAUCCAUAGUGAUGUUGCAGGCUUUUCAGCUGCAGAGACAAGCUUUUACUUUCUAUCACUGUUCUGUUAACAGCUGAUCUUCUGCACAGUUGUGGAGUGAAUGUGCUGUAUAUACAGAUGAAGUGAGUGGCACCUGUAUGAGCUUGUCUUGACUUUAGUGUGUGUCUCUUUUUUCUUAAUCUUUUUCUAAAACUUCAGUGGUUAUUUUUGUUCUGAGUUCUCUUUGAUUUGCUUCCCUCAGGUGUUUCAGUAAAAAGAAAAAUCUACAAAUGUCUAAUUUUAAGUCUAGUUAUUGCUGAUAUUAAUUAUUGUUAUUACUUAUUCUUACCGUUUGAUUUUACUUUGUUCAAUAUUUUCAAAUACUGAUUAAAAAGAAACUGUGCAACUUUGUACAUUUAAAACAA